AUGUCGCAGCCAGGCACUACUGAGCCAAUGGGCUCGGCAGCCGCGGGUAGCGAGAAGCCGGCUCUUCUUCCCACAAAAGCGUCCGUCGACGGUGAGGCUGAGGAGGGCGAAAUCUUCGACGAAGAGGAAGGCGAGAUCUCAGAGAGUCGUCCAUCAGAACCUGAUGGCAUCGUGACGCCGACACAACCCGAAUCUACCAAGCAAGAUGAGUCGUCGGCCCAGACAUCACCCAAGCAGCCAGCAACCCCAGAACUUCCAGCCAGCAAGACGCUCGAAAGCGAGAGCAAGGUACAGGACCGCCCAGAUGCGACAGUCACAGACGCAGUUGAUGACGCUCCAAAAGGGGCUGUACCAACUACUAAACAAAGCGACAAGCCGGGCGAGUCCGCUCCGCAAGAGGAGCAACCUCCCCCCGGGCUCUCGAUCGCAUCCGCGUUAGAGAAGUUUGAAGAAAAUUCAGCAGCUCAGGAGCAAAGCGCAGAGCAGGCGGGCGCUGAUGCGACCUCGUCUGUUCCAACACCAGAACCUAUUGCUGAGUUCAGCCAAGAGGCGGCAAAGGCUUCGGAACCACAAGAGCUUGGUGACCCAAGCACUCCAAAGCCCGCACGGCAGGAGCCAUCAGUGCCUCAGGCGGAAGCUAAAUCGGUCGAGUCUUCCACUCCCCAGGAUGCCGGCAGCGCAUCUCAGAUUGAAACGGGAGAAGUGCCAGCCACCGCAUCAAGCAUGGCGCCAGCAUCUGCAGAGCAGCAAACCGACAUCACCGACGAACAAGCUGCCGCUGAGGCGCCCAAGGACGAUGGACCGGCUGACAUGGACGUCGACGAGAAGGCUGCAAGCCCGAAGCAAGCUUUGACUGAAGAACUGACUCAGCCUACUGAGGCUGAGCCAGAACCCAUGCAAGUCGACGAUUCUGUUCAUACACCUGUACUGCCCUCCGAGGGUCCUGAAACAACAGUAGAGGCCGCUUCCGAGCCUUUCGCUAAACAAGCCACCAAAAAUGACGAGGUCGCGCAAGAAGCUGCUCAAAUGCAGACUCAAGUCAAGACCGAGCCUCCAUCAGAGUCCUACGAAGAACCACGUGCCACAGCAACACACGAAGCCGAGCCUGGACACUCCGAACCAGUCGAACUUCCACAGCACAAGGAAGAAGAGACUGCUCAGACCCAAGAAUCACGCCCGAACGAAGCUGUUGCAGCGCCAGAAUCAUCCGCCGAGGAUUGCCAUCGCUCCCCACAGUCGCAAGCAGUCGCAAACACUGCGACUUUUGGCGUUGGAAGAUCCGAAGAGGUAUACGCACGACCUGCAUUCGAGAGAGAAGAGCCACCAGCAUCGAGGAGGACUGGCUCGGAAGCACCUCCAUCCAGGUCAUUAAACAGAGACUCGGUUGCGCCUCCCUCCGCACAGGAGAAGCGCAUUGUCAGAACCAAAGAGUGGUCUCACCAGCCAUCCGAGCGUUCUCAAGAUCGUGAGCAGCGAGCUCGUGAAAAGGAUCGUCGACGCGAGAUGGAGCGGAUCGAGCGAGAACGAGAGCGCGAGCGCGAGCGUAUCCGCGAGUCGGAACACGAUAGGGAGAUGAUGAUUGCUCGCGAGAACGAAGAAUCUCGACUCAUCUGGCUCUCUUUACCUGGCAAUGAUCAUCCGCAGUACUACACAGACACCGACUCGGACUCUUGCUACAACGUUGGAGGUGCUCUUGGAGUCGACCUCACCGACGAGGAGGACAAGGACCUGGAUCCGCCACUUCCUCUGUCUCUUCAGGAGUAUCAUCCUGCGCCUUCUUACUCUUCGACCUACUACGACGAUUCCUACUAUGUCUCAAAGCGUAAGCGCAUCGACGACGACCUCCAUGCUACAUCGCGUCGCUACCGACGCAAGACCAUCUCCAAGUCAACACCUGGAGACCACUUUGCAUCUUCAAGCUCAAGGCCGACACCAUGUGAAGCUUUGCCUUCGACUAGCAUGAUCGACAUUGACGACUUCCCCGUGCCAGAUUCAAGCAUCCGUAGUGAACCUUCGGAAAGGCCGUUCGCCAGCAGGAUCGAGCGUCCCUCUCUAUCUCGUAUCUCGCCUUAUACUCGGGCCGAAGAUGGUCUGGAAGAAUACCAAAGCUCCGACUCGGAUGAAGAAGCGAUGCGCAUCGCAGAAGAACGCAAGCGACGUCAUGGUAACCGCAGCGGCAAUCGCGGCAACAAGCUUUCGCGAGAGAAGGGGGCUCGCUGGGUCCGUCGCGGCAAGCUGGGUGGGUGGACCGAAAUGCGUAUGGAGAAGGAGAUCGGCGAUCGAUUGCGACACCGUGUUGAGGCGAUGCAGAAGGACAACGUCCGUGCGCUGCUAUCUGCGAUGCCCGAGGAGGACAAGGCGAUGCUGGCUCAAUUCCCUGCCCUUGGCAAUGGUCUCAUUCCGAGCGAUACCGCAAGCAAUGCUCGACGCGAUGCACGCGGCGAACUGUUGCCGUCGGAUCUUUCAGAAGCAGCACGGAUCGAUGCAGAGCUCGGCCUGGAUGAUCUAUUGGCUGGACCGAGUGGAUCGAGAUUGCAGCCUGCUGAACAUCUCACAUCGACAUCGCUGGCCCCUACUCUGCUCAAGCCGGCCAUCAAGCCGCGACAGUUGUUGACAAGCCAUACACUGCGACACACGUUCCGUAACCCACACAUUGCGGCGCUGGGCAAGACAGCGCUCGAUUUGAUCGAGAGUGAGGGUGUCGUUGGGCGUGCGGUUGGGCGAUGCUGGGCUGCUAUGGAGAGAGGCGGGUGGAACGAGGAUCCAGAGCCAAAGGGCGAUGAGGUUGAGGGAGCCAAGGACGAGGAGCUCAACGGUAUGGACGUUGACGGCUCCGACGUCGAAGGCUCGACAAGACACUUGAACGGCGACGGUGCUGCAAACGGUGCGGCGAGUAAUCUUUUCGGCUCAGCAAUCGACAAUCCUGCUUUGUCGCAUCUGGACAAGCUCUUUGUGACCAAGCAAGGCCUUGCCAUCCCGCGUCUGGACGAAAUGGGUCAAGCAAUCUUUGUUCCUCCUUCACCUGGGACCAAAGCAGCGCGAGCCCAAGCUGGCAUGGCCGAAGAUGCUGCUAACGAGCCAGUGGUGGAGACGACAUUGUUGCCAGCACCAGAGCAGCGCUCGAUCGUGCUUGCGGCGUUGGAGUGUCUUCAUGAUCUGGCGGCGGAUUCGAGGGAAUACGUCGAGCGAUUGGAGGAGGUACGAUCGCGAUUGGCCGCUGUCAAGCGUCGACGAGCUCAGGUCUGGAACGCAGUGAGGCAGUGGGCGCUUGAUAAGGACAUUGAAGCGUCGCAAGCUAACGGUGGUGGUGGUGGAAGGCUGGACGCUGGUCUGGGGAGUGCAGCAGGUGCAGAAUCCGCGUUGGCAUCAGCAGCCACAGCCGUUGCCAACGGUAGCUCGCCGAAGAAGAAGAAGUAA